AUGGCUCUUAAACGGAAUAUCAUUCUUUUAUUGUGUACUGUGUGGUUUAUAUCAAAUGCACUUGGGGAUACCGGAGAAUUGGAUCAGGCUUCAGAAGAUCCCCAAAUUACGCUUAGUGAACCGGUGACAAUUUUAACAGAAGAUAAUAAUGCAACAGCUUUGAGACAUCGUCCAGUGAAGUGUGGAACGCAUGAAGAAUACCUCAAUUGCGGUCCUUCAUGUGAGAUCGAUUGUACGUCUAUUGGAAAAUCAUGCAACAAAAAUGCAUGUCGAUCAGGAUGCUUCUGUCGACCGGGGUAUGUGAGGGAAUCUCCUGGUGGGAAGUGCGUUUCUCAGAAGAAGUGUUCAAGACCUUCAUGUCCAAAGCAUGAGGAAUUUCUCUUCUGCGGAGAAGCUCCUCUAUGUCAGGUUACCUGUGAGAACUACGGCAGAGGUUGCAACAAACCUGCAUAUGGGCAAUGCCCACAAGGAUGCUACUGCAAGAGCGGAUAUGCUCGUCAUCCUGGUACCAAUCAGUGUGUUCAUGUAAAAAGUUGCCCUUCAAUUGAGUAUGUCCCUCAGAAAGUUACACAACCCCCUCCUAUAAAAACCACAGCAAAACCCGAAGAUCCCCCAGAAACUUGUGGAAGAAACGAAGAAUUUAUUCACUGUGGACCUUCAUGCCAAGUUGAGUGUUCCACCUUGGGUCAGGACUGCCCUAAGUCAAGUAAAUGUACAAGUGGAUGCUACUGCAAAGCAGGGUAUGCUAGAGAUGGUUCAGGAGGACCUUGUAUUCCCCAAAAGAAUUGUCCAGAUCCUUACUGCCCGAGAAACGAAGUUUGGUUAGGCUGUGGUCAAGCUCCUGCUUGCCAAGAAACCUGCGAUGGAGUUGAUCCCAACUGUGAUGCUAGGAAGUAUCCUUCCAGUGACUGUCCAUCAGGUUGCUACUGCAAAAACGGAUACACGCGUCAUCCCAAAACCGGAGAAUGUAUCCGCAGACGUGACUGUCCGACGGAACCAAAGUGCGGUGACAAUGAGCAAUACAGGGAUUGUGGAUACCGCUGUAAGGAAUCAUGCAACAGUGAUGACAAGAGUUGCUACUACGAAAAGUGCGAAUCAGGCUGUUUCUGUGCUGACGGAUAUGCUCGAAUUAACGGACAAUGUGUUCCAAAUGAAAGAUGUAUUCCACAGUGUGGUGAAAAUGAACAAUACAGAGAUUGUGGAUACCGAUGCAAAGAGACAUGCAAUUACGAUGGCAAGAGUUGCUUCUAUGAAAAGUGCGAGCCUGGUUGUUUCUGUGCCGACGGAUAUGCAAGGAUUAAUGGUCAGUGUGUUCCAACUGAUAGAUGUAUCCCACAGUGUCCAACUAACGAGGAAUUUUCAUCAUGUGGAAAACGUUGCAGUGAAGAUUGUAGUGCAUCAGACAAAUACUGCAGGAAGGAACCCUGCGUUGAAGGAUGCUUCUGUAUAAAUGGCUACAAAAGGGUUGGAGGUGUUUGUGUACCUCUAGCAUAUUGCCCUCCAGAAAAUAAACCACAGAAAUGUCCAAAACCAAAUGAAGUAUAUACAACUUGUGGAAAGUAUUGCAAUGAAGAUUGCACCAAAUCAAGCGAUGACUGUCGCAAUGAACAGUGCCAAGAGGGAUGUUUCUGUGCAAGGGGUUUCAAACGUGUUCAAGGACGCUGUGUACCAGAAGAAGAUUGCGAAUGUCCUUCCAAUGAGGAAUACAAGUGUGGAACAGACUGUGACGAAGAUUGUGGAACGCAUACCUAUCAGUGUUUCAAGAAAAAGUGUCGCAAUCGUUGUCACUGUAUUGGAAAUUACAAAAGAAUCAACGGAGUAUGUCAACCACCAUCUAAAUGUCAAUGCCCACCUAACGAGGAAUAUGUUUAUGGUAACCAAUGCAGUGAACAAUGUGGAACAUCACCAGAAGAGUGCUCAAGUCAGAAGAUCUACUACGGUUGCUUCUGUCAGAAGAAUUUUAAGAGAAUUGGAGGAGUAUGUGUUCCAGAUUCCAAAUGUCAAUGCAGUGAAAAUGAAUCGUAUAUGUACGGAAGUCGUUGCAAGGAACAAUGCAGUAAUGGUGAGUUGGAUUGUUCCCAAGCGGAAUGUUUCAAAGGAUGUUUCUGCAACGAAGGCUACGUCAGGCUGAAUGGGAAGUGUGUUGAGGGCAGCAAUUGUGGAUGUGCAGAAAACGAAGAGUAUAUCAACAGUAAUGAAUGCAGAGAAGAUUGUUCCAAAUCAUGGGAAGAUUGUCGAGCAGAACCAUCUUCAUUUGGAUGCUUCUGUGCCAGAGGAUACAAGAGAAUCAAUGGCAAAUGUGUUCAAGAUAGCAAUUGUCCUUGUCCUAAAAAUGAAGAAUACGGUAUUUCGAAUGAUUGUCUAGAGAGCUGUGAAGGAAAUCCAGAAGUUUGCGAUGGCAUCAGUAAUGAAAAUAGGUGUAUCUGUAAACCAGGAUACAAGAGGAUACUCGGAAACUGUGUGAAAGAUGUUUUCUGUCCAUGUGGAAAGUUGGAGGAGUACAAAUAUGGAGAUCGAUGCCGUGAAAAUUGUGACGAUGAUUAUGACAGCUGUCCGGACGGUGGGACUAUCCAAGGAUGCUUUUGCAAAGACGGAUAUGUAAGAGUGAACGGAACAUGUCAAACAUUCGAUAAUUGUGAAUGCGGCAAAUAUGAGGAAUAUACAUACUCCAAUGAUUGUCUCGAGACAUGUGAUGGCAAUGCGGAUAAUUGCAAAGACAUACCAGUUGAAGCUAAAUGUCACUGUGCAUCAGGAUACCGGAGAGACAAUAGAGGAAACUGUGUCUCUGAUACCCAGUGCCCAUGUGUAGAUCCCAAUGCGGAAUUUAAACAAGGUCGGGGCUGCGAUGAUGAGUGUAUUGCACCCUCAGAUUGCUCAGAGCAAGAAUGUUAUAAGGCUUGCUACUGUAAGGAUGGAUACAAAAGAAUUGAUGGCUUAUGUCAACCAGAAUCCGAUUGCACUUGUAGUGGAAAAUAUGAAGAAUACCAAGUAUCCAAUAACUGUCUAGAUACAUGUGAUGGUAAUCCGGAUACAUGUAGUGGAGUCCCAACAGAAAGUGGUUGCUACUGUGCUCCUGGUUAUAGAAGAAAUAGCAAAGGAAAGUGCAUGCCUGAUUCAGAAUGUCCAUGUUCUGAUUUCAAUGCCGAGUAUCGACCCGGCAAAACUUGCGAAGAUGAAUGUACACCAUCAGAAGAUUGUGAAUCAAAAGAGUGCUACAAAGGAUGCUUCUGUAAGGACGGAUUCAAGCUUAUCAAUGGACUGUGUCAACCAGAAACUAGUUGUACUUGCAGUGGAAAAUACGAACAAUACCAAGUAUCGAAUGAUUGUCUAGAUACAUGUGACGGUAACCCAGAUAGCUGCAGUGGUGUACCAACAGACAGCGGUUGCUACUGUGCUCCUGGUUAUAGAAGAAAUAGCAAAGGAAAAUGCAUGCCUGAAUCCGACUGUCCAUGUUCUGAUCCAAAUGCCGAAUACAGACCAGGAAAAUCUUGUGAAGAUGUAUGUUUGCCAACAGAUGAUUGCGAAGCUAAAGAAUGCUACAAGGGUUGCUACUGUAAGGACGGCUUCAAGCUUAUAAAAGGUCGUUGUCAACCAGAAUCAAGUUGCACUUGCAGCGGAAAAUACGAACAAUAUCAAGUAUCUAACAAUUGCCUAGAGACUUGCGAUGGGAAUCCUGAUUCCUGCAAUGGAGUGCCAACUGAAAGCGGUUGCUACUGCGCUCCCGGAUAUAGAAGAAAUAGCAAAGGAAAAUGCAUACCUGAAUCUGACUGUCCAUGUUCAGAUCCCAAUGCCGAAUACAGACCAGGAAAAUCUUGCGAAGAUGAAUGUUUGCCAUCAGAAGAUUGUGAAUCAAAAGAAUGCUACAAAGGUUGCUACUGCAAGGAUGGAUUCAAGCUUAUCAAAGGACGAUGCCAACCAGAAUCCGGUUGUACUUGCAGUGGAAAAUACGAACAAUACCAAGUAUCUAAUGAUUGCUUGGAGACUUGUGACGGGAAUCCCGAUUCUUGCAUUGGAGUGCCCACAGAAAGUGGUUGCUACUGUGCUCCAGGAUAUAGAAGAAAUAGCAAAGGAAAAUGCAUGCCUGAAUCCGAUUGUCCAUGUUCUGAUCCAAAUGCGGAGUACCGACCAGGAAAAUCUUGUGAAGAUGAAUGUUCACCAUCAGAGGACUGUGAUUCAAAAGAGUGCUACAAGGGUUGCUACUGUAAAGAUGGCUUCAAACUUAUCAAAGGACGUUGCCAACCAGAAACUAGUUGUACUUGCAGUGGAAAAUACGAACAAUACCAAGUAUCUAAUGAAUGUUUAGAGACAUGCGAUGGAAAUCCGGAUACUUGCAGUGGCAUACCAACAGAUAGUAGUUGCUAUUGCGCUCCAGGUUACAAAAGAAAUAGCAAAGGAAAAUGCAUACCUGAAUCUGACUGUCCAUGUUCUGAUCCCAAUGCCGAAUACAGACCAGGAAAAUCUUGCGAAGAUGAAUGUUGGCCGUCAGAAGAUUGUGAAUCAAAAGAGUGUUACAAAGGUUGUUAUUGCAAGGAUGGCUAUGUAAAGAUUAAUGGAAAAUGCGUAGCCGGUAGUAAUUGUGAAUGUGGAGAAAAUGAAGCCUAUCAAAACAAUAAUCAAUGCAACGAAGAUUGUACAAAAACCUGGGAUGAUUGUAGGUCUGAAACAUCAUCAUUUGGGUGUUACUGUAUCCGCAACUACAAAAGAAUAAAUGGAAAAUGCGUACCAGAUAAUGAAUGUCCAUGUCCCAACAAUGAAGAAUUCGGGUACACGAAUGAAUGCUUAGAAAGUUGCGAAGGAAAUCCAGAUGUCUGCGGUGAUCAAAAUAUUGUUAAUAGAUGCAAAUGUAAGGAAGGUUUCAAAAGAAUUCGAGGAGUAUGUACUAACGAUACAAUGUGCACAUGCCGCGAUCGCAAUGCAGAGUACAAGCAAGGAAAACCAUGCGAUUACGAAUGCAGGCGACCAGAAGAUUGUGAAUUUCAAGACUGUUACAGGGCAUGUUUCUGCAAACCUGGAUAUAGACUCAUUGAUGGAAGGUGCCAGGAUAUGACGGAUUGUACAUGUCCUAUUCCGAAUCAACGAUAUCAAGUAUUAAAUCCAUGCCUCGACAGUUGUGCACCAACAACAGACUGUGAGAACGAACCAACUUAUUACGGUUGCUUCUGCGACGAUGGUUUUAAAUGGGACCCUGUUACUGAACAGUGUUUCAACCAGACAAGUUGUCCAUGUCCAGCGAAUUCUCAAUACAAAUUCGGAAAGCCAUGCGAAUACGAAUGCGAAGUACCGUCAGACUGUUCUACUCAAGAAUGCUACAAAGAUUGCUUCUGUAAUGAUGGAUAUAGAAUGGUUGACGGAACCUGUCAAGAGCUAGAGCGUUGUACCUGCACUGUUCCUAAUCAGAGUUAUCAACCACUCAACCCCUGCCUUGAUAGUUGCGCACCAACUACAGAAUGUGAGAAUGAUGCAACAUAUUACGGUUGCUUCUGUAACGAUGGUUUCAAGUGGGACCCUGUUACUGAACAGUGUUUCAACCAGACAAGUUGUCCAUGUCCAGCGAAUUCUCAAUACAAAUUCGGAAAGCCAUGCGAAUACGAAUGCGAAGUACCGUCAGACUGUUCUACUCAAGAAUGCUACAAGGCCUGCUUCUGCAAUGAUGGAUUUAGAAUGGUUGACGGAACCUGUCAAGAUAUGACGACAGAGUGCCAAUGCCCAAUUGAAAAUCAACGAUACCAAGUAUUAAACCCGUGCCUCGACAGUUGCGCGCCUACUACAGAAUGUGAAGGAGAUCCUACAUAUUACGGUUGCUUCUGUGACGAUGGUUUGAAAUGGGACCCCAUCAACAAAGUAUGUUUCGACCAGAGUUUAUGUCCCUGUCCACCAAACUCUAUAUACCAAUUUGGAAAGCCUUGCGAAGAUGAAUGUGAACCAUCACCAAGCUGCCCUACAGAAGAAUGCUACAAAGCUUGCUUCUGUGAUGAAGGAUUUAGACUCGUUGAUGGGUCCUGUCAAAACAUGACGACAACGUGCCAAUGUCCUAUUGAAAAUCAACGAUACCAAGUAUUAAACCCGUGCCUCGACAGCUGCGCACCAACUACAGAAUGUGAGGGUGAUCCUACAUAUUACGGCUGUUUCUGUGACGAUGGUUUGAAGUGGGAUUCUGUCAACGAAGAAUGUAUCGAUCAGGGUUCAUGUCCAUGUCCGGAUAAUGCUUCAUACAGAUUCGGUAAACCUUGCGAAGAUGAAUGCGAACCACCACCAACGUGUCCUACUGAAGAAUGCUACAAAGCUUGCUUCUGUGAUGAAGGAUUUAGACUCGUUGAUGGGUCCUGUCAAAACAUGACGACAUCGUGCCAAUGUCCUAUUGAAAAUCAACGAUACCAAGUAUUAAACCCGUGCCUCGACAGCUGCGCACCAACUACAGAAUGUGAGGGUGAUCCUACAUAUUACGGUUGCUUCUGUGACGAUGGUUUGAAAUGGGACCCUAUCAAUGCAGAGUGUUUCGAUCAGGGUUUAUGCCCAUGUCCGGAUAAUGCUUUAUACAGAUUCGGUAAACCUUGCGAAGAUGAAUGCGAACCACCACCAACGUGUCCUACUGAAGAAUGCUACAAAGCUUGCUUCUGUGAUGAAGGAUUUAGACUCGUUGAUGGGUCCUGUCAAAACAUGACGACAUCGUGCCAAUGUCCUAUUGAAAAUCAACGAUACCAAGUAUUAAACCCGUGCCUCGACAGCUGCGCACCAACUACAGAAUGUGAGGGUGAUCCUACAUAUUACGGCUGUUUCUGUGACGAUGGUUUGAAGUGGGAUUCUGUCAACGAAGAAUGUAUCGAUCAGGGUUCAUGCCCAUGUCCGGAUAAUGCUUCAUACAGAUUCGGUAAACCUUGCGAAGAUGAAUGCGAACUACCACCAACGUGUCCUACUGAAGAAUGCUACAAAGCUUGCUUCUGUGAUGAAGGAUUUAGACUCGUUGAUGGGUCCUGUCAAAACAUGACGACAUCGUGCCAAUGUCCUAUUGAAAAUCAACGAUACCAAGUAUUAAACCCGUGCCUCGACAGCUGCGCACCAACUACAGAAUGUGAGGGUGAUCCUACAUAUUACGGUUGCUUCUGUGACGAUGGUUUGAAAUGGGACCCUAUCAAUGCAGAGUGUUUCGAUCAGGGUUUAUGCCCAUGUCCGGAUAAUGCUUUAUACAGAUUCGGUAAACCUUGCGAAGAUGAAUGCGAACCACCACCAACGUGUCCUACUGAAGAAUGCUACAAAGCUUGCUUCUGUGAUGAAGGAUUUAGACUCGUUGAUGGGUCCUGUCAAAACAUGACGACAUCGUGCCAAUGUCCUAUUGAAAAUCAACGAUACCAAGUAUUAAACCCGUGCCUCGACAGCUGCGCACCAACUACAGAAUGUGAGGGUGAUCCUACAUAUUACGGCUGUUUCUGUGACGAUGGUUUGAAGUGGGAUUCUGUCAACGAAGAAUGUAUCGAUCAGGGUUCAUGCCCAUGUCCGGAUAAUGCUUCAUACAGAUUCGGUAAACCUUGCGAAGAUGAAUGCGAACUACCACCAACGUGUCCUACUGAAGAAUGCUACAAAGCUUGCUUCUGUGAUGAAGGAUUUAGACUCGUUGAUGGGUCCUGUCAAAACAUGACGACAUCGUGCCAAUGUCCUAUUGAAAAUCAACGAUACCAAGUAUUAAACCCGUGCCUCGACAGCUGCGCACCAACUACAGAAUGUGAGGGUGAUCCUACAUAUUACGGAUGUUUCUGUGACGAUGGUUUGAAGUGGGAUUCUGUCAACGAAGAAUGUAUCGAUCAGGGUUCAUGUCCAUGUCCGGAUAAUGCUUCAUACAGAUUCGGUAAACCUUGCGAAGAUGAAUGCGAACCACCACCAACGUGUCCUACUGAAGAAUGCUACAAAGCUUGCUUCUGUGAUGAAGGAUUUAGACUCGUUGAUGGGUCCUGUCAAAACAUGACGACAUCGUGCCAAUGUCCUAUUGAAAAUCAACGAUACCAAGUAUUAAACCCGUGCCUCGACAGCUGCGCACCAACUACAGAAUGUGAGGGUGAUCCUACAUAUUACGGUUGCUUCUGUGACGAUGGUUUGAAAUGGGACCCUAUCAAUGCAGAGUGUUUCGAUCAGGGUUUAUGCCCAUGUCCGGAUAAUGCUUUAUACAGAUUCGGUAAACCUUGCGAAGAUGAAUGCGAACCACCACCAACGUGUCCUACUGAAGAAUGCUACAAAGCUUGCUUCUGUGAUGAAGGAUUUAGACUCGUUGAUGGGUCCUGUCAAAACAUGACGACAUCGUGCCAAUGUCCUAUUGAAAAUCAACGAUACCAAGUAUUAAACCCGUGCCUCGACAGCUGCGCACCAACUACAGAAUGUGAGGGUGAUCCUACAUAUUACGGCUGUUUCUGUGACGAUGGUUUGAAGUGGGAUUCUGUCAACGAAGAAUGUAUCGAUCAGGGUUCAUGCCCAUGUCCGGAUAAUGCUUCAUACAGAUUCGGUAAACCUUGCGAAGAUGAAUGCGAACUACCACCAACGUGUCCUACUGAAGAAUGCUACAAAGCUUGCUUCUGUGAUGAAGGAUUUAGACUCGUUGAUGGGUCCUGUCAAAACAUGACGACAUCGUGCCAAUGUCCUAUUGAAAAUCAACGAUACCAAGUAUUAAACCCGUGCCUCGACAGCUGCGCACCAACUACAGAAUGUGAGGGUGAUCCUACAUAUUACGGAUGUUUCUGUGACGAUGGUUUGAAGUGGGAUUCUGUCAACGAAGAAUGUAUCGAUCAGGGUUCAUGUCCAUGUCCGGAUAAUGCUUCAUACAGAUUCGGUAAACCUUGCGAAGAUGAAUGCGAACCACCACCAACGUGUCCUACUGAAGAAUGCUACAAAGCUUGCUUCUGUGAUGAAGGAUUUAGACUCGUUGAUGGGUCCUGUCAAAACAUGACGACAUCGUGCCAAUGUCCUAUUGAAAAUCAACGAUACCAAGUAUUAAACCCGUGCCUCGACAGCUGCGCACCAACUACAGAAUGUGAGGGUGAUCCUACAUAUUACGGCUGUUUCUGUGACGAUGGUUUGAAGUGGGAUUCUGUCAAUGAAGAAUGUAUCGAUCAGGGUUCAUGUCCAUGUCCGGAUAAUGCUUCAUACAGAUUCGGUAAACCUUGCGAAGAUGAAUGCGAACCACCACCAACGUGUCCUACUGAAGAAUGCUACAAAGCUUGCUUCUGUGAUGAAGGAUUUAGACUCGUUGAUGGGUCCUGUCAAAACAUGACGACAUCGUGCCAAUGUCCUAUUGAAAAUCAACGAUACCAAGUAUUAAACCCGUGCCUCGACAGCUGCGCACCAACUACAGAAUGUGAGGGUGAUCCUACAUAUUACGGCUGUUUCUGUGACGAUGGUUUGAAGUGGGAUUCUGUCAAUGAAGAAUGUAUCGAUCAGGGUUCAUGUCCAUGUCCGGAUAAUGCUUCAUACAGAUUCGGUAAACCUUGCGAAGAUGAAUGCGAACCACCACCAACGUGUCCUACUGAAGAAUGCUACAAAGCUUGCUUCUGUGAUGAAGGAUUUAGACUCGUUGAUGGGUCCUGUCAAAACAUGACGACAUCGUGCCAAUGUCCUAUUGAAAAUCAACGAUACCAAGUAUUAAACCCGUGCCUCGACAGCUGCGCACCAACUACAGAAUGUGAGGGUGAUCCUACAUAUUACGGCUGUUUCUGUGACGAUGGUUUGAAGUGGGAUUCUGUCAACGAAGAAUGUAUCGAUCAGGGUUCAUGCCCAUGUCCGGAUAAUGCUUCAUACAGAUUCGGUAAACCUUGCGAAGAUGAAUGCGAACCACCACCAACGUGUCCUACUGAAGAAUGCUACAAAGCUUGCUUCUGUGAUGAAGGAUUUAGACUCGUUGAUGGGUCCUGUCAAAACAUGACGACAUCGUGCCAAUGUCCUAUUGAAAAUCAACGAUACCAAGUAUUAAACCCGUGCCUCGACAGCUGCGCACCAACUACAGAAUGUGAGGGUGAUCCUACAUAUUACGGCUGUUUCUGUGACGAUGGUUUGAAGUGGGAUUCUGUCAACGAAGAAUGUAUCGAUCAGGGUUCAUGCCCAUGUCCGGAUAAUGCUUCAUACAGAUUCGGUAAACCUUGCGAAGAUGAAUGCGAACCACCACCAACGUGUCCUACUGAAGAAUGCUACAAAGCUUGCUUCUGUGAUGAAGGAUUUAGACUCGUUGAUGGGUCCUGUCAAAACAUGACGACAUCGUGCCAAUGUCCUAUUGAAAAUCAACGAUACCAAGUAUUAAACCCGUGCCUCGACAGCUGCGCACCAACUACAGAAUGUGAGGGUGAUCCUACAUAUUACGGCUGUUUCUGUGACGAUGGUUUGAAGUGGGAUUCUGUCAACGAAGAAUGUAUCGAUCAGGGUUCAUGCCCAUGUCCGGAUGAUGCUACAUAUAGAUUCGGUAAACCUUGCGAAGAUGAAUGCGAACCACCACCAACGUGUCCUACUGAAGAAUGCUACAAAGCUUGCUUCUGUGAUGAAGGAUUUAGACUCGUUGAUGGGUCCUGUCAAAACAUGACGACAUCGUGCCAAUGUCCUAUUGAAAAUCAACGAUACCAAGUAUUAAACCCGUGCCUCGACAGCUGCGCACCAACUACAGAAUGUGAGGGUGAUCCUACAUAUUACGGCUGUUUCUGUGACGAUGGUUUGAAGUGGGAUUCUGUCAAUGAAGAAUGUAUCGAUCAGGGUUCAUGUCCAUGUCCGGAUAAUGCUUCAUACAGAUUCGGUAAACCUUGCGAAGAUGAAUGCGAACCACCACCAACGUGUCCUACUGAAGAAUGCUACAAAGCUUGCUUCUGUGAUGAAGGAUUUAGACUCGUUGAUGGGUCCUGUCAAAACAUGACGACAUCGUGCCAAUGUCCUAUUGAAAAUCAACGAUACCAAGUAUUAAACCCGUGCCUCGACAGCUGCGCACCAACUACAGAAUGUGAGGGUGAUCCUACAUAUUACGGCUGUUUCUGUGACGAUGGUUUGAAGUGGGAUUCUGUCAACGAAGAAUGUAUCGAUCAGGGUUCAUGCCCAUGUCCGGAUAAUGCUUCAUACAGAUUCGGUAAACCUUGCGAAGAUGAAUGCGAACCACCACCAACGUGUCCUACUGAAGAAUGCUACAAAGCUUGCUUCUGUGAUGAAGGAUUUAGACUCGUUGAUGGGUCCUGUCAAAACAUGACGACAUCGUGCCAAUGUCCUAUUGAAAAUCAACGAUACCAAGUAUUAAACCCGUGCCUCGACAGCUGCGCACCAACUACAGAAUGUGAGGGUGAUCCUACAUAUUACGGCUGUUUCUGUGACGAUGGUUUGAAGUGGGAUUCUGUCAACGAAGAAUGUAUCGAUCAGGGUUCAUGCCCAUGUCCGGAUGAUGCUACAUAUAGAUUCGGUAAACCUUGCGAAGAUGAAUGCGAACCACCACCAACGUGUCCUACUGAAGAAUGCUACAAAGCUUGCUUCUGUGAUGAAGGAUUUAGACUCGUUGAUGGGUCCUGUCAAAACAUGACGACAGCGUGCCAAUGUCCUAUUGAAAAUCAACGAUACCAAGUAUUAAACCCGUGCCUCGACAGUUGCGCACCAACUACAGAAUGUGAGGGUGAUCCUACAUAUUACGGCUGUUUCUGUGACGAUGGUUUUAAGUGGGACCCUGAUAAUCAAGUAUGUUUUGACCAGUCUGAAUGUGAAUGUCCGGAGAACUCUACAUACAAAUUCGGAAAGCCUUGUGAAUAUGAAUGUGAAGUACCGUCAGAUUGUUCUACUCAAGAAUGCUACAAAGCGUGUUUCUGCGAUGAUGGAUUUAGGCUUGUCGAUGAUACGUGUCAAAAUAUAACUAGCUGUACGUGCACUGGUCAAAACGAAGAACAUCAAGUGUCUAGUAGCUGCUUGGAGCAAUGUGACGGAAACUGUAUUACUUGCGAAGGGGAGCCAACAGAUUACGGUUGCUAUUGUGCUCCAGGUUUCAAGAGAAGUACCACUACUGGUUUAUGCGAGGACGAAGAGGAACUAUGUGAGUGUCCUUUAGAAAAUUCAGUUUACAGAUAUGGAAACCCUUGUGAUGAAUCAUGCGAAGAAGAUCCAGAAUGUGUACCGAAUUAUUACAUGGGAUGUUUCUGCGCGGAUGGAUACAAAUUGAGGGAUGGAGAAUGCGUAGAGCAAGAUUUGUGUUGUGAUGGUGAAAACGAGGUCUACAAGGAAUCGAAGAGAUGUGAAGAAGAGUGUGUAUACAAUACAACUUGUGAAUUCGCACGUUGUACCCGAGGAUGUUUCUGCAUGAAUGGCUACAAGAGAGUCGAUAAUGUAUGUAUAUCAGAGGAGAAUUGUUCCCCUUGUGGUCCUGAUGAAGAAUACAGAUGUGGAAGGGGUUGCGAAGAUGAAUGUGGUUUGUUGGAUAUUGACCUAUGUUUAGAAUUACCCUGUGAAGACGGAUGCUACUGUAGAUCUGGAUUCUUAAGACUCUUAGGAAUUUGUAUUAGAGUCGAACUUGGAAUUAGUCUGUGUCCCUGUGGACCAUUUGCCUCAUUCCGGGAAGGUAAGGCUUGCGAGGAUGAUUGCUCAGUAGACCCUGACGACUGUGCUGCGGACACAACAUCACCAAGUUCAUGGCGUUGUCACUGUGACAAUGAUGCAUGCCUUGUAGGCGGCCUCCAGCCCACUCGCCCAUCGCCACCAGAGCCUCCAGCCACCAGCCAGUGCAUACCGCAGUGCAAUCCGGGAAGACUAUACUUCCUCCACCAUCACCACCUCAAGUGCCUCUACCGCCUGACCAACCUCUCCCAAUUCCCCAAAGCCCGACCACCGGAGGGAGCGCUCCAUCGGGAAGCGCAGGGGCUGGAUGGGCAUAGCCCGUCGCCCCCAAUCGUUGGACACAGGAAGGAAGGAAGUAGGGGAUCAGGGAGAAGGAAAGGAAGAAUUGUGAGGAAAAAAUAUGUAUGGAAGGAUGUAGGAAAGGAAAAACAGGAGGAAUAA